AUGCCGUCACGCCGGUUGCCGCUCGCGCUCUUGCUGCUGCCGCUCGUACUGGGGCAGCAGUGCACUCACUACUCUCGAGACGAUCUGGUCGCUCGCCUGGAAUCACGAGUGUCCAAGUGUCUGGGUCCGAGUGCCUGA